AUGCUUGAUCCAGGCUCAAUCAUUGCCCUCACGCAAAUCACAUACGAAGGUGCUAAACGAGCUGUGGACCUGGUCCUCACAGCGAUACACUUUCCGAAAGAGUGUGAGGAGUUGUUUGUGCAGCUGAAGCUUGAGCAGUUCCGCCUACAGUGCUGGGGUCGAAGUGCGGGGUUGGAGCAAGGCAGACUUCUCGAGGCUCUACACCCAAUCUUUCCAGAGAUACGAAACGCGCUUGACUGCAUAAGUGCACUCUUUCAGGACUUGAAUAAAUUACAGGCUAAGUUUGGAAUCGUAUCUACGACUGUGGAGGAUGUAGGUCAGAGGCAAAAGGAAUUGGCGUACAAGUGGAACGAAGAACUUCAUAAACAAGGCCUGACAUUGUCUGGUAAACAAAGCGACGAUGGAGCGCCGUCCCUGAUCUCGAAAGAACAGAAGGCUUUCUUCCCGGUCGGUACCUUCAAGGUCAACCUACCAGCUCGUCUCCGAUGGGCAUUAGGAAACAAGUCCAAGUUCCGCGACUGCGUGGCCGAGCUGGAAAGGUACACCAACAAACUGAACCAACUCUUACCAGAGCGCCAGAAUCUUCAGUACAGACAAGACUGGACAAGAAUCAACAUCAUAAUCGUCGGAAAGGCAGAUGAUGAGAACACAGUCUCUUUGCUCCGAAAUGCCCUUGAGGGAAGUCCAACGAUGGAAUCAUCACUCCGUGGCCUGGUGGAUAGAAAGUCAGUUGCUGCUGCUCCUACCUCCACGAACUUCCUACGAGGCAACCCUCAGCUAGACAAGAGUGCUUUCGCUAUGCCUAUAGGAGCUAAAGACAAGGAACGAUUUAUCACGACGAGAAAAGCGACUGGCGAACAAGUUCUGUUUGAGAAGAAGUCAUGGGAUGAUGAACGCUCCAUGGCUAAUCGCUCGAAGUUACAAAUGCGCCUCAGCCGACUUGUCGCAAUGCUACGCCCCGGGAGAAGUAACUACCUUCUAAAGGCAGUCGGCUUCGCAGAAGAUGAAGUUGCUAAAUGCUGGUGGAUCGUAUAUGAGAUGCCCCCAUCCAUAAAAUCUGGCCCUAAUUGUCGUGUUAUGACGCUUCAAGAGCGGUUGGGACGUCAAUCUCUCCACAUGGCACCUCUUGAGGUCCGAGCGAAACUGGCCUUGGCCUUGGCCACAGCUUACUCAGAACUGUUUAGUAGUGGCUGGGUUCACAAGGCUAUUAGCAGUCAUAGCAUCGUGUACUUUGGUCCUUAUACUGAUCUGAUAAGUCCUUCUGUCGUCGGUUUUGAGUUUUCUCGUCAGGAUACUGAAGAGUCCAACGUCGAUGCCGCCAAGACGCCAGCACAAGUCGAACGAAGCAUUUAUCGGCAUCCUGAUUACAUCGGUAGUGAGGCAAAGAGAUACAUGACACAGUAUGAUAUCUACUCCUUUGGACUUGUCUUGAUAGAAAUUGCGUUCUGGCAGCCGUUGAAAGAUGUUUGUCCAUAUGCCAAAGGCGACACAUUUGGCAAAGAGGAAGCGAAAUCUGUGCAGAAGUGGGCGACUCAAGUUGCAGAGACACAAUUUGCUUUUAGAGUUGGGACGGCGUAUGCGAAUGUUGUGAGCUGGUGUUUGAAGAACGGUGCUAGAGUUAGCAAGGACCAGGAGGACUGGCAUCCAGCGUUGGCGUUUAACGAUCAUGUUGUUGUCCCCCUUUCCGGAACAUAG